AUGGCCGAGAACACCAAGCUGUUUACGCCAAUCAAGGUCGGCUCUACGACCUUGGAGCACAGAAUUGCCAUGGCUCCUUUGACCCGAUUCAGGGCCAACGAUGAACUGGUGCCGCUCGACGUCGCGGCCCAAUAUUACGCACAGAGGAGUGUCGUCCCUGGCACUCUGCUCAUCUCUGAAGCGACAUACAUCUCCCCCCAAGCCCGGGGUUAUGCCAACGUCCCUGGUCUCUACACCGACGCCCAGCUGGCAGGAUGGAAGAAGGUGACCGACGCCGUCCACGCCAAGGGGUCCAAGAUGUUCGCGCAGCUCUGGCACCUUGGCCGUGCCGCUGCAGCGGGCGAGGCCUCCGGAAACCCCCCUAAGGACGACACCUUUGACUUCACCAAGGACCUCGUGAGCGCCAGUGCGGUGCCCAUCUCAGAGGGCGAGCCCGUGCCUCGCGCCCUGGCCGAGGAGGAGAUCCAGGCCACCAUCGCCGACUACGCGAGGGCGGCCAAGGACUCCGUUGAGAAAGGCGGAUUCGACGGUGUCGAGAUCCACGCAGCCCACGGGUACCUCAUCGACCAGUUCACCCAGGACACAUCGAACAAGCGCGAGGACGCCUGGGGCGGGAGCAUCGAGAAGCGCGCGCGCUUCGCCGUCGAGGUCGCCAAGGCCGUGGUCGCGGCCGUCGGCAAGGACAAGGUCGGCAUCCGCCUGUCCCCCUGGUCCACCUUCCAGGGCAUGCGCAUGAAGGACCCCAUCCCCCAGUUCAGCUACCUCAUCGACCGCCUGACGGAGCUGCAGCUGGCCUUCCUGCACCUGGUCGAGCCGAGGGUCCACGGGGUCAUCGACAAGGACCCCGCGAACGAGAGCCUCGACUUUGCCCUGCAGGCCUGGGGCCGCGAGAGGCCCAUCCUCGUCGCUGGUGCGUACACCACGGAGCUCGCUAUCGAUGCCGUUGAGAAGAAGUACAAGGACUACGCCGACCAGCUGGUUAUCGUCUUUGGCCGCCGCUUCAUCUCCACGCCGGACUUGGUUUACAGGGUGAAGAAGGGUCUGCCUCUGGCCGACUACGACCGCAACACUUUCUACAUCCACCAGAAGAGGGGUGACAAGCGCGAGCCUGGAUACAAUGACUAUCCCUACUCCGAUGAGUACAUCAAGGAGUUCGGCAAGCCAGAUGUUGCGGUCUAA